AGUCUACACACAAUGCCUAAAAAAGUGAUCGAAUCAUGGAAUCAAGCACGGCGCCGUGAGCAGAAUGCGAGGGCGCAACAACGAAGUCGUGCGCGGCGAAAGGUGCUCGAGCACGCUCUCCAAAAGGAAAAUGCAAUUUUAUAUCAGCGUAGAAAUCCAAUCGGCUGUAAAGGCACGGCCGCCUGUCCACGGCCGCAGCUCAAGUUCGACGAUUUCCUACAUUACUUUGCGCGCCCUUCGGAUGUGGAGAAUGUGGCCAGGAUCCUUGAUACGGAACACAUGGAAAUUGCCGCUAUUAUCAAAUAUGGCCUCAUCUCCAUGGGUUACUGCCUGGAUGAUUCGCUUUUCGAGGAGCGAAGAGCCCUGUGCUUCGCGUGCUGGUCAUCGAUAGUUGAGCAGCAGAUCAAUCCUCAAUUUACGAUUGGCACGAUCCUCCUUGCUGGAGUACAGGUGCUCUCACGGCUGAGAGGGCCUACCAACUGGUGCUUCCAGGUUCCGGUUGAAGGAAUACCGCGGGCGCCGUGUGGAAACACACACACGUCGGCGUUCGUCGAGAUAGCGCGGCAUCUUGGGUUGUCGGUUGACCAGAUCGCCGACAAUGAUGCCGAGUCACCGUUUACAGUUACGGAUACCAGUGUGCCAUCAUGCCACCCGCGGGAGAAUACAAGCUCAAUAAAGCCUGACCUCCAGCCUAUCGCCGAGCAAAUGACGGUAUCCCACCACCCGUACCUUGACCUAAUCCCCCUCCCGUCCUUCCGCGCUCGGGCACUGUCAGCACUCGCGCAGAGGGAUCGAAAUUUCGACGAGCAUGCGCUGUGCUUCGAUCUGGCGCAUGGCGGCAUGCAGUGCCAUGGGUCUUUGCAAGUCUCUCUGCACGGGCGUGGUGACGGGGCGCCCUGGGAUGCGCGCAGUUGGGAGGUGACGCCGUGGUUUUUCAACAAGUGGGCAGCGUUAGUGGGGGAUGAGAAUGGUUUGAUUUACAAGAACAGUGCGUGGUGGUGGGCGCGGCGAUGAGGCUGAUGUUUUUGGCCGGCGACAUUGAGUUGUACACAAUCUCAUUUUACUACCAGAGCAUCAAAGACAUCCAGUACAAGGGUGCUACCAUCCCAGCCAGAACUCCCUUCCUAAUGAUGUACAGAAUCGGGGCCCAGAAACCGAAC